UCGUGAUAGUACCUGAUUAUUUGCCGAAUGCAAACAUGACGCUGGCAAUCCAUGUCCUUUCUUUAUCCCGCGCACUAGCCUCGCUACCACGUGAAUGUCGUAACACCAACAAUGUGUGUUUGGAUUUUGCAUGUGCAUUCACAUCGCUGCUCGGGCCCUCCUGCCUUAGUCAGCGAUACCCGCUCUAUACCUUGAUUCUUCUACUGCCCAGCGUACCGUACCAUAUGCUAUAGACCCACCACCAUAGCCACCACACUCAACCUGUUCCCCCCGAAACACAGGCUACUAGCGAAAAAUCUCACCUUUGUCGCCUGCACCUUUUCUUCCACAUUCACCAUCAGUGUUUCAUGCUCACUGUCCUACGCAUCGCGCUUGCAACGCUCGUCAGCCAGCUUCCCCACUAGCCAUCCUACACUUCGCAGCUCGCCAUGUCGGAUGCUGCGCAUCCGCCGGCCACGGCGAUCCCACCCGGACGCGAGGAGGACUGUGAAAUGAUAGAGCCUGGCACACCAACUUCCACCGUAAUGUUUGAGCAGGAGCCUUACGAGACAUUCAAGAACAAGAUUGUGCAGUUAUGCAAGUCCGUCUUCGGCAUGCUCCCCAUGGAAACCGAACGUAUGCAGGGCGGCAGCUACAAUCGCGUCGUGGGUAUCAGCGUCGAGUACUCCACCCCGAGCAAAAGCUUUUUUCGCGGCAUGUUUUCCAAGCUUCGAUCUCGACUCCAUCGAAUGGUCCGCAAUGGAUGUGUGCCAAAAGGAGAGAGAAAGUACGUUGUGCGUAUGCGUCGGGGCCCUGAAGAGCCGUACUCUGUUGGCCACGAUGUUGCCACCCUCAACUUCGUUAGAAAGCAUACAUUGCUACCUAUUGCCGAUGUUAUCGCCUUCAGUAACUCCACCGAUUCUUGUGUGGAAUCCCCAUAUAUGAUACAGACGUGUCUCCCCGGGCAAAACCUCAAGUCACUCUGGACGCAGCUUACCCACAAGCAGCGAGGCGACGCCCUACGACAAAUCACCUUGAUGACCCACCAGCUUCAGUACAUCGAAAGCAACCGUGCUGGGGUUUUGAAAACAUGCUCCAAGAUUUCGGAGGGCCCGGACGAUUAUGAGGUUGAGAAGUUCGACAUGCUACGCACCAAUUGGUCGCAGCCUGCACCCAUCAGCACUCCGCAGACGACCUUCGAAUUCCUGAUGGAGCUCUGGGAAAAGCAACUUGACAGCCAGUUGAAAACACCCGAUGCUUAUGUCAUGCCACAAUAUUAUAAAAUCCGGAAGAUCAUCCUAUCUCUUCGCGAUCUGGGCUUUCUUUCAGAGAGCGAUCUUUUCACUUUUGCCCACACAGACCUUUUCCCCCGGAACGUGCUCGCGCAAAUAACUUCCGAUAGUACUGUCCAGAUUACUGGAAUCUUGGAUUGGGAUGCUUCACACGCUUUCCUGGCACCCAAGAUUAUCGCAUGUCGAGCCCCGUUCUACUUCUGGCACCCGGAAUCCGCAAUAAUAAGUGAGAAGCGCACGGAAUCGCUUGCCCUAGUUGAGCCUUCUGGUGAUGAGGACAAAGAGAUGAAAAAGAUUUUCGAAUCUUGUGCCGGCCCGGAAUGGUUGCGUUAUGCUUUCACGCCUGAAUUCGUGAUUGCUCGGCGUGUCAUUGGGUGGUUGAUGGAUGAUCACGGCGACGGUGCCGUAUACAACGAAGCCGAUGAUAUUAUACGAGCCUGGAGACUGUUACAUCAUCAAGAAGAGCUCGAGAGCGAAUACUUUGCAACUGGCAUAGAUGAAGGUGGCUUUCUUCGUUCGAACUCUGACGACGUUGAGGACGACAACGAAGUUGAUUGUUCCAGUCUCUCUAACCAGACUAUUGAUGGCGAGCAUGAGAACGCUAACGAUGAGUCAUUGGUAUACGACGGUGGAAAUGAUAUCUCUGAUAUAUCCUUGCAGCUUCCCGAGAAUGUACCAAAUCCUAACGACGAUGAGGGUAAUGGUGUGGAACACAACGAUGCAGAAGAUGUACAAGAUUUAUUCUCCAAGGAGGGAAUCAAUGGGGGUGUGGUCCGAAACGCAGAGUUGAAACGUUUAGGAAACGUGUUCGACAUGAAGAUCGUAGAUCAGACGGCAACGGUGACCUACUACGAGGAGGGCUAUGCGUCUUGUCCGAACUAAUGUGCACCCCAGUGCAUUCAUUCUCCCUACAUCUUCACGAAGAUCUCUCCGCUUCGAGUCCAGACUUCUCUCCCAGUUGGCCCACACACUUUUCGAGAGACACGUCUUCAGUCUAGGUAAAACUAGAUGCUGCAUCCACCGUCGGAAUACUUGUAGUUUGGACGUUACGGCUCACGGGCUUCCACACUUUCUCUGCUAUCCCGACACAAUCCCCUCAAAUGAGCAUCAUCAGCCUUAUGCCUAUCUGGUCCAUUUUGAACACCAUUAUCGAUUGCUUGGAGAUUAAUUACAAGGCGGCAACCUGUACUGGUGUGGAUGUCGAUGCUCUGGUUUCGUACAUCAUCGGACCAUUGGAGCAUUUGGAGCAUUCCUGAAAGGAAACACGAACGGAACACCAUCUCAAAUUCAGCGGAUGACGAUUAUUUCAUGCACCAUUAGCGUCUGCAGACAAGGAAACGAAGCCGUUACUUCGACAAUACAGAAAUGCCCCUU